GGCUGGCCUCCUGGUUCAUGCAGACCACUGAGACUCAGUCUCUGGGCAUUGUGAAGAAGACCAGCUCCCGAAACCCCUACGAGCUCCUGCACUACCCCCGGACCGCCAGCAGGGGGAGUGUCUUUCCCAGCCCGCAGACCAUGCGACUACGCAAACACAUCAAGAAGUUUGCCAAAGCUGUGCCGAAGAGCCCCGCCCAGCUCCGUCUGGCCCAGGAACGGCUCCGACGUGGAAAAGAGCUGAAUGCCAGGCGGUGUCUGUUCACUGCGAGGCCGGCGUCAGGCGGGCUGCGUCUCAGAGCUCCUUGGAGGAAGGUCAGGGCCCUCGGGACGUACAGAACCACUCUGCUCAGAGUCAGAGAAAAGUUCCUCACCUGGACCCUCAGAGCCAAGCGYCCCAACAGGCUGAGGUACAACCAGGCGAUCUGGAGGAGAAGCCCGGUGGAGGUAGGCAAAUCACCUCACCAGGUCUGGCCUUCUGCUCAGCCCAGGGAGGAGCUCACCUGUUCUCCACAUCACCACUGUCUACCUGCCGCCUCAGAGACCAGUCAGCCCUGCGGCCCCGACCAGCCGACAGGCCUCACCAAACAGCAGCGUCUCAGCUCUAAAGCCUGGAGUCCAGAGAGACUGAAGGAGUGUUGCGUGUUCCUCAAGAAGAUCAACUCCCCCGACACAGAGUCCACCGUGGAGAAGGAGUGGGACGUCUGCACCGUCAAUCUAGACGACACGUACUGCCCCGACGAGACCCGACAGGAGGAGAGGAGGGAAGAGUACGACAAAGCUGUGAAAAGUGAGAGAAGGAAGAGGAGAGUUCCCUGGAAGGAGUCUAGCAGCUCGCCGCAGGAGGUGAUGGUUCAGAAGCACAACCGGGUCCGAGCCGGGAACAGGAGAGGCAAACAGAAAAAUUCAGGGAAAGCCACGAGCCAAUCACCGACCCUGCCGCCAACGAAAGCCACGAGCCAAUCACCGACCCCGCCACCAGCGAAAGCCACGAGCCAAUCCACGAGCCAAUCACCGACCCCGCCGCCAACAAAAGCCACGAGCCAAUCACCGACCCCACCGCCAGUGAAAGUCAUGAGGAAAUCGCGUGGGAGGGGCCUGACCGGGCCACGAUGGCGUGACUUUAUACUGGGAACCUGACUGUCCUCCGUCCCGUCUCCAUGGUGACUGUGUCGUAUAACUGUAUCGGGGACGCCCCUCCCUCCGUCUCCACGGUGACUGCGUGUAAACGACUCUGUGCCUUCAGACUGUCCCUCGGCAUUAUGUAGCAGAAGGAAAAGUUUAACCAGAAGAAGCUUGACAUUGCACUAUUUUUUCAACUAUUCAGUCCCCCCCCAGGGCCGUUAAAAAACCAAACUGUGGAUAUGUUUGUACAGAAUGUUUUAACCUUUGACACACCUUUCUUCUGUCUUGUCUGAUACAACUACCAACCCCCGUCACGUUCUGUUGUAAUGAGGCCUGGAGGCCCGUUGGCAGAGGACACAUUCAGACUCAACUCUGAGGCUCCAAUGGCACCCUAUUCCCUAUAUAUAGGGCACUAUUUUAGACCAGGGCCAUAUAAAUGUUCAGGUCAAAAGUAG